CACGUGGCAAGACACCAAGGCGACAGCGAUCCAAGCACCAAGCCGGCAGAGUGACCAUGUCAGCCUCGCCCGUGCCAGCCUCGAAAGCGCCGGCGAAGAGUAGGACAGCGGUCGACCUGCAGCGAGCUCAACUGGACAGAUUGCUCGCCAACCCAGCCAAGCCGGUCGUCAUCCCAGAGAGGCCAGCCAACGGGGGCCUCAAAGUCCUCAGGCCACCUCAGGAGACGAUCAAGAACGUUCAGGGCUCGAGUGCAGGCGCAGGCAGCGGCGAGUUCCACGUGUACAAGCAGUCCAGGCGGCGAGAAUAUGAGCGACUCAAGAUCAUGGAAGAGGAGGAUAAGCGAGACAAGGUAGUGCAAGAGGCAGAACAAAGGCAUGCAGAGCGGCAGGCCUUAGAGGAAGCCAAGCUGGCCAAGAACCGCGCAAAGAGGCAAAAGAAGAAACAGCGUGCAGCAAAGCCAGCAAGCACACAGGCUGCUGACAGCACCAACGGGAGCAAAGCAGCGGACGAUGUGCCGUUCAAGAAGCGCAAGAUCGUCGCCUCAGAUGGCGCUGGCUUUGCAUUCAGAUCAGCGCGCGACGACGAAUCAGAUGACGGAGGGCCAAGUCUGCCAGACGCACCAGAGCAGACGGAAGAAGCUGCCGUUGAGGAAGCUCCCCCUGCUAUUGCGCCAGAGACAGGCAUCAGCAUCGUCGACGAGGACGACUGAGAACGCUCAGUAAGAUGUAUUGUUGUAAAGCACACUGUGAAAACACUUGGCCGCCGCUCAAUGUGCAGAGACUAGCUGUGCAAUGGACACAAACAAACGC